AUGGCAAUAUCAUCAACAUCAUCAUCGCCAUCAGUCAAACCGACUGGGAUAGUGACUCUUGCUUGCACCGUCUGCAGAAAACAGCACCUCAAAUGUGAUGCGGGGAAACCAUCUUGUUCACGAUGCACAGAGACAGAUCAGGUUUGCUUCUACGAGCCGUCGCGACGCGGCGGACGAAGAAAGAAGCAUCGCUCUUCAAUGCUGGAGACGCAGCCGAAAAGGCUCAUGAUGAGGUCUUCGCAGAGCGAGCAGCCAUCUACUAGUUUUGUAGAGUCUGUGAUUGUGAAUCCAAUUAGUUUGCCCAUCACACCAGUAUCUUCGUCGCAAGAGACUUUAACCUCGUCGGGAUUGACACAAGAUACUAUUGGUAACAAUGGAUUGCCGCAACUCACCCGGCGACAAACGCACCAAAGUUCAGUAUCGGAGAGUUCACAUAGCGAAAGACGCGCGAGCGAUCAUCAGACACAAGGUCCAGCUCCAGUACAGCAGCCUUCCAACGAUCCCGCCAUGGCAUUUUACCAUCACCUUGACCCUGGUCUGAUAUCGCAAGCGAUAGAGAGUACCAACUUGGGUAUCAAUACACAAGCACCCAUCCAGCCCUCAUCCGAUAACGACCGACUUCUUCGACUCUACUAUGAAAACUUUCACAAUGCGCAUCCGUUCCUGGUCCCCAGCUCUGUCUUCACCUCUCGAAACUACCCACCGUAUCUUCGACGCAUGGUAGAUUUCGCUGGAUCUCACUACGCUCCUUCAGGACCCAACGCGCAGCUACGAGCGGACGUCGCGACAGAUAUGCUAUCCAUGACGGAUAACUCAACAUGCAUGGUCCAAUCUCUUCUCAUCUACUCGAUUCUGCUCUUUUUUGGUGGUGAGCUCGAUGCAGCUAGUAAAACGUUCGAGCAGUGCACAAGAAUGGCUAUGGAUCUUGGUAUGCAUCUCAAUGACUUCGCCGCAGCCAGACAACUAGACAAUCCGAUUGAAGCCGAGAGUUUGAGAAGGACGUGGUGGGAGAUCUACGUUACGGAUAUACUCAUGGCCAUACCACCCAAAACAAUGAACCUUGGGUGCAGCAGUGUUCCUCCCAAAGUUUGCUUACCAUGCGAAGAGGCGUUUUACACGGGUCGUCUGGACAUCCCCCAGCCUCAUCAUGUUCUUGAGUUCAAACGACGGGUUCUUUCAACUGGUGAUGUAACGUUCUCGUCGUUUAGUUAUCGCAUCGAAGCAGCCACGAUCCUUGGUCGAGUUUUGUUGCUGAAUCAGUUGAAGAACAGCGGUCAUGACCAUUCGCAAUCCAUCGAGAAUGCUCUACUUAGCUGGUCGAAUCAUUUACCUCCCGGUAAACUGGAAAUUGUUGACUCGUAUGGGAAUAUCGACGAGAUGAUGUUUCAGGCACACAUGAUCAUUGCACUCGCCAGCAUGCUGUUACAUCUCCCCCGAAGCAAUCUGCACUCUCUUUUAGCAGACGUCAAAGAUCCAUUUCUACCAGUCGCACAGAACCACCCUCUUUCAUCAUCCACGACAUUAAUCCAGGGCAUAAAAGCAACGGAUGCAUCAAGACGUAUCUCAGAUUGCAUAUCGCUAUGCCCCAACGUCCCCAAACACACACCCUUCGUCAUCCCAGCUUUGGCACUCUGCGGCUUCAUCCAGCUCGCCACAACCCAAGGCCAUCCCGACGAAUGUUUUGAACACCACUACAACCGCGUCACUUUAGUACUAGGUUGUUUAAAAAGUGCAAGACGGAUAUGGCGCAUGGCGGAGUCCGAGUAUGACCGUCUUCGCUGCUGUGCCUCGGAGCUCAUCGCCGACGCUAUGGACAGGAUGAAUGCACUGCCUUUAUGUCAGACGCUCCCGAACAAUUCGCCGGCGAUGUCUGGUGCGGCUGAUCAGGGAGGGGAUUUAACUCUUGUAUCACCAGCGCGUGGGAACGUUGACUCAGCGAUGCCUCGGUUUGAUCCGUUAUUUUUGGAUCCUGUUUGUUAUGAUUACUCGUUGUUUAGCGCUUUGCCGGACUUUCAUAGCUCUUAG